AUGAGCAAAAAAGAUGAAGACGAUGAUGAAGAUGAAUACGACGAUGAUGAAGAUGAAGACUAUGAGGACGAAGAAGGAGAGGAAAUACAUUAUGACUCCAGCGAAGAUGAGGAUGAGGAGGAUCAAGGUUCAGAGAGCGAAAAUGAAGCAUGUGCAGGUGAUGAGGAGGAGGACUUAGGCAAAUAUGAUGAUGAGUCGAGUGAGAAGGAGUGCAACAAUGAGUCCGUUGCGCAUGCAGAAUCUGAAGAGCAGAAUCUGAGAGGUCAUGACAAGGAAGAACAAAAACAAGAUAGGCAUGAUGAUGAAAUACAGAUUGAGGAAGACAUGGAGGAAAAGGAAACACCUCUGGUUAGGCGGCUAAGGAAGGACAGAGGCGUGGAGAAAGGACAAUGUGAACUAGAUAGGGAGCAGAAAGCAUCUGGAACAGCUGCUAUUCAUGAGGAACAAGGAGUUGGAGAAUUGGCCAACAACAAAGUCAUAGAGUUACCGUUACCAGAGCAUCUAGAAGAUGUGCAACAUGGAAUAAAUAGCAACACUAAGAAGAGAGGCGCUCAACAAGAUGAUUGUAGUGAGAAGCGUUGGAAGAAAUUGAAGAGGGAGAGGUUAAGGCUACUUGUCCCAGCAGAUAGUGUGAAGAAUGAAAACUUCAUUUUAAAGAAGAGCAAAUCAAUAGAUGAUGUCCUAGAGACAAAAGAUGUUACACCACCUAUUGCUAGGAGCAAUUCUUGGGAUUUCCCGGCACCAGAAUGUAACAUCAUGAAGUUCAUUGAUAUUAACUCUGAUGGGAUUGAGUAUGAAGAAAAAAAUUUAGAGCAAACAAAGGUUGAUUUGAUUCAGGCUAAAGAAGGCCUAAGGAAUAUCACUGUACAUGAUACAAUAGCUAAGAAAGACACAGCACCACAAUUUGAAAUCAGUAACAAGGAGGAUUCAGAUGAUUCAUUUGCAAACAUACCUGAGGAAAUGCUACAGAAAAUGGAAGAAGAUGCAAGAAGGCAUAUAGAAGAAAAGAAUGUUGCAAACUUGCUUCCUGCAGGGAUCACAUACAAACAAGAUGAAGCUGCAGCAACUAUGCAAAGCAUUGCAGUAGUUCAAACUGAUGAAAUUGGAGAAAAAACCCCAGCAACAACCAAUCUUGAACCUGCUACUACACCAAGUACAUCUGGUACACUAGCAUUUGAACCUACCCCCAGAAGGCUUCUGAAGAUCCCAGCUACAAUGAGGUCUCUAUUUAUCGACUACGAUAAUAAGAACAACUUUAAAUGCAGUAAGGUUGUUUGCAUGGUGUACAACGCGGUGUGCAGAGCCACUGGAAGGACUACAAGGUCAAGCCAAAGUUCCAAUGAGACAUAG